UAGAGAGCUUUCAUACACAUGCUUCAAGACUAUUUCGUGGUCUUGAUUUAGGUGGUUUAAGAAGGAUUUGAAUAGUGCUUGAAGUAACAUAGUGGUAGACAUAGCAUUUCGUCAGUCAUGUCUGAAGCAGCCGAGCUUAAGAAGCUCGUUAAACAGCUCCAAAAUACUUCCACAGAGAAAGAAUUCCAAGUAAAUGAAGCAAUCCUAAGGGUAGGUAUUCGUGCCCGGAUUUUUCCUUUCAAAGCAGGGCUCGCUGUCGGAAAAUUGCGGACUCAUGAGGCAAAAGAGGUCUCCGAACUUGCUAGAGAGAUUGUGAAGAAGUGGAAAAACGAGGUGGAGCGCGCUAAAGGAGCUCGCAAGGGAUCUGCUUCGGUCACACCAUCUAACGCCGCUACCCCCGCCCCAGUGAACGGGAAGUUAGAGCCUCGUAGUGCGAAAGCAGAUGGUGUAAAGGCGUCCGGCACGGGCGACAACACGCGGGACAGGUGCGCGGAACUCAUUUAUGAUGGCCUUGCUUGCGACUCUGGUGCUCCCAGUGAGCUAAUUCUGAGUCGAGCAAAAGCUGUGGAGGCCGCUGUUUUUGUACAGUUUGGCAGUACUAAUGCUGCAUACAAGGGCAAGAUCCGUUCUUCGUACGUCAACCUCAAGGACAAGGGUAAUCCAAGUCUGCGAGAGAACAUUGUCAGCGGCGAUCUUUCGGCGGAGAAGUUCAGCAAAAUGACAAGCGAGGAAAUGUCUUCGGAGGAACGACGAGCGGCAGAUCAAAAAAUAAAGGAGGAGAAUUUCUUCAAGUCUUUGGGAGCUGGCGAACAAGAAGCCGAAACGGAAGGCUUCCAAUGCUCAAGAUGCAAGCAACGCAAGUGUCGCUAUCGCCAGGCGCAGACCAGAAGCGCUGACGAGCCAAUGACAGUGAAUAUACUCACUUUUUGUCUCGUUUACAGAUGCGUCAACUGUGGCAACAAAUGGAAGUUCUCGUAAAUCUUUGCAUCGUCCAGGAAUACUUUAUAGUCAGCAGUUUUUUUUCUACUGUACUUCUUUUACUGUCCAAUUUGUCGGGACAUCGUUCUGUUCGACAUAAACAGCCCUGUCGUAAUGAUGUAUACCUUCAAUCUAUCUUGAAACAAUACCCUUUUACUUCUGACAACUCAUUUUGCAUAGAACCGGGGAGGUAUGCGCUUAUGAUACUCUUAUCUGUC